AAUUACUCAUGCUUUCGCACUUCGUCCUCCUCACACAAUCUCAUCUCGUCUCUCAGCUCUCUAGUCUCGCUCACAUCUCCUGGUCACGACAGCCAACACUCACACACUGACUGCCACACACAAGUCAGUAAUUCCGUUGCUGGCGUGUCGUCGUGGCUUUGGUCCCCGUUUCCGGCCUCCUAUCUUCUCGUCUGGAUCUGCUUGCCCUUGGUUCGUGUGCCAUCGUCUUCUGCCUCUUCUCGUGUUUCCUUAUUCCGUUAGCCUUCGCCAUCCUCUGGUUCGGCCUCUGAGUCACCGUCGCCGUCGCAGGUGCGGGUCAGCGCGUAUUCUGGUUCUUCGUCUCCGUCCUCUGCUUCGCCGUCGCCGUGCUCGGGUUGGCCGUCUGCCUCUGCUCCUCCUCUGAAUCUUCCUCUGUUCGUGCUAGGAAGCUCUGGGUGACUCUGAUCUGCGUAUUCUAGUCAAUCGACUCUUCUGGUCUAGUUCUGCACUUGGUCGCUGCUCGUUCCAUAUCUGUUGCUCACUGCGCAACCCAUAGCCUUUAAUGUGCCACUUAUCAAGCAUUGAAUCAUGAAGCAGUCUCCUAUUAAGAAGAAAUAGAAUAGAUAGAUAGAUAGAUAGAUUUUAAGGGAGGUAAAUUGCACAUCCCCAAAACAUUAAAGAGGUGGAGCGUGUGCAGUUCACGUGGAAAAACCCAUUGCGAAAAGCUCAGCAACAAAGGAAGAAGAACUGAAGAAAACUAUGGAGAGGUUGGAACUAAAGGAAGUUCAGAGACUUGAAGGCCACACUGAUAGGGUUUGGAGCUUGGCUUGGAACCCCGCCACCGGCCACAACGGUGUCCCACUCCUCUUUGCCUCUUGCAGUGGCGACAAAACUAUUCGAAUCUGGGAACAGAACCUCUCUUCUGGUGUCUGGUCCACCAAGGCGGUUUUGGAUGAGCCGCACACUCGAACCGUUCGGUCGUGUGCUUGGUCACCUUCUGGUAAGCUGCUGGCCACUGCAAGUUUUGAUGCCUCUACAGCUAUAUGGGAGAAUGUUGGGGGUGAUUACGAGUGUGUCUCCACUUUGGAGGGACAUGAACACGAAGUGAAGAGUGUGUCUUGGAAUGCAUCUGGAAACCUACUUGCAACGUGUAGUAGAGAUAAAUCUGUUUGGAUAUGGGAAGUGCUGCCAGGGAAUGAAUUUGAGUGUGUGUCAGUGUUGCAAGGACAUACCCAAGAUGUGAAAAUGGUGAAAUGGCAUCCAACAAUGGAUAUCUUAUUUUCGUGUAGUUAUGAUAACACUAUUAAGGUUUGGGCAGAUGAAGGUGAUAGUGACGAUUGGCAAUGCAUUCAAACAAUAGGAGAACCGAAUAAUGGUCAUACUUCAACUGUUUGGGCACUCUCUUUCAAUGUCAGUGGUGAUAAAAUGGUUACUUGCAGUGAUGAUCUUACGCUUAAGAUAUGGGAAUCAGAAAAUAUAGGGAUGCAAUCUGGUGAUGGAUUCAGACAUUGGAGACAUCUUUGCACUCUUACAGGGUAUCAUGAUCGGACAAUUUUCUCUGUUCAUUGGUCAAGAGAAGGUAUCUUUGCUAGUGGAGCUGCCGAUGAUGCUAUACGUCUUUUUGUGGAUGACAAUGAAAGUCAAGUGGAUGGUCCUCUGUACAAGUUGCUGCUGAAGAAGGAAAAGGCCCAUGAUAUGGACAUAAAUUCAGUGCAAUGGAGCCCUGGGGAGAAGCCGCUAUUAGCCUCUGCGAGUGAUGAUGGGACAAUCAAGGUGUGGGAGGUAGUGUCACAGAGGUGAUUCAAGUUUUGCACCUUUGCUGUAUCAGUAGCAAAACUUUAUGCUGUUGAAGCCUAAUAGAAGUGCUAGGUUGCAGAUUCUCGGUUAUUAUUUUUCUUUUUCUUUAAUAUAGAUAAGGAAUAUUUUUUCUUCCCCCUUUCUUUUCCUUAGGGAUGCUAGGCCCAGGAGUACUAUGUGACUGUAAAUCGAAAUAACCGUAAACCUUCCAUUUUUGCUCUUGAAUGCUUGAAAAUAAACUAACCUAGAUUUAGUACCAUAAGUACUGUUACUUCAAUGGACCCCAUUGUCUUUUGUC